GUUUCGCGAUGGAAACUGAGGUGGGCAAAUGGCUGCAGCGCGAUGUGAAUUGCUUGUCGGAUCCGCAGCGGAUGGUGCGGAAGCGCGCGUUGGAGAAGCUCAGCCGAGUCAGCGACUUGGUGGCCAAGUUUGGUCAAGACCAGCUUGUGCAGUUCUUCCACGCCCAGCUCAUGACGCCUUUGCUGCAAUGCAUUGGUGAUCCCGUCGAGAAGUGUCGGGAACUGAGUCUUGUGGCCUGCACUGCGUUUGGCACGAUGGGAGCUUUCAAUACCGAGGAACGAGUGAAUGCGGUGAUUGUGACCAUCUACGGCCGAGUGGGCAAGGCGCCGUUCGUCGAAACGGCCGAGGAAAUCCGCUUGCUUCUGUUGGAAUUGCUCCACGCUGUCUUACAACGGACACCCGCAGAGUACUCGCUGUCGGCGGAAGUAAUGGACGUUGUGGGCAAGACUGCGUCGGACCCAUUCCCAGACGCGAAGAAGGCAUGCUGCGACACCAUCCUCGUGCUAGCACAAAAGUGGAAAUCGUUGGUGAAGCAGCACCUCGGCACCGUCGUGAAGCCAUUCACGAUGAACCUUGGCCACCAACACGCCAAGAUUCGGCAGUGUACGCUGCAGGCCCUGGAAGCCGUCGUUCCAUGUGGGUCGACAUCCCUGCCGGAGCUCAUGAAGGACAUUUUGCUGCCAAACUUGAGCAAAGUUGUGUUUGAUCGAUCGCCGUCCGUUCGAAAGCAGCUUGUGCAAACGACGGGAUCGUGGUUCGAGCACAUUGACGAACUACGUGAGUUUGAAGCGUCGCUGGUUCCACUGUUUCUCGCCGGGAUCGCCGACGAAUCGCCCGAUGUGCAAGCGUUUUGUUUGACAUAUCUCGAUAAACUGAAUGCAAAAUGGGAAGAGAGCGAGGACAUGGCGGCUCCCUCUGACAUGGAAGUGGACACUGCAGCGUCACAACAUGAUGUCGUCACACCACCAUUCCUUCAUCGCCCUGGCGCUGGCGCCCGGCGUGUUGUCCAGCGGCUAUUGGGCAAAAUCCUGCCAUCGCUUCUCGAACAGUGCGCCGACUGGACGGCCUUGACGCGACAGAAGUCGGCGACCAUCCUGCGUGUGGUUCUCGUACUUGCGGAGGGUGGAGUAAAUGCCCACUUGGACAUGAUUCUGACGGCACUGGCCAAGUCGUGUCGUGAUGAAGAAGCCAGCGUCGUUGAUGCUGUCGCGGGGUGCAUGCAGAUUGUCGGUCGAUACUGUCACGCCGACCUUCUAUUUUCUCUCUUGUUGCCGUUGUCUGCGGGACGCCUCGCAGGGCAAGACACACCGCACCAUCGGAUGAAUGGCCUUGUUCUGUUGUCUAUGGCGAUUGCCGGCAUGGAAGCGACUCGGAUCUUGCCGCACAUGGAGACGAUCACGGAAACGCUGUCCGAGGCUGGCCUGCGCGACACGGACGUUCCUGACAUGCAGGAUCACUUGGCCAAACUGACUUCAACCAUCGUCACGACGGGGGCACCGCUGUUUCCAAGCCACGACGUGCUAGCGUUUCGUUUGUUUUGGGUUCUCAAUCACAUUGUGGCCGCAACACCGGAGGACUCGAUCGCGUUCCACACAGCGAUUGACGCCCUGCAGGCACUCGCCGCUGCGUCACACGUUGAGUUGGACGGGCUCUAUCGAAUGCACCUGCCCCAAGUGAUCCAUGCAAUUCGACCAAAAGACAGCGAAACGUGGUCGAAAGCGGCAUCCAGUCGUGUCUUGUUUGAUUCUUUGUGUCGUCGCGGCGGCCGGGCGACAGCAGAUCAAAUGCACAUCGUCGUUCCGAUUGUACUGACCCACUUAACCCCAUCAAACGACCCGGACGUCCGCUUGUCGUUCUUGGCGCUGCUUGAGACUUUGCUCGGAAACACGUUGAUGGCACAGUCGUUCCAGCCAUUUGCUGCGUCGUUGCUUGUCAAAGGCAUCACUCCCAAUAUUGUUUGGCAGUCGGGCAAAGUAGCGGCCACUGUUCGCAAAGUCGCCAUGGCGUGCACGUACACCCUGUUGCGCCAAGGACUGGCCAACCAGCCAGCGUUGUUUGAGGCGGCGCCUCAAAUGUUACCUGUGCUCAAGUCGUGCCUGGACGACUCGGACGCUAAGACAAGGCAGCUCGUAUGUCUGUCAUUGCAGCACUUGUUUGUCGCGUUGCCCAAUGCGUUGGGAGAGGAGCCUGUGAGCCAACUGUACCACGAGAUCUUAAAGCGCCUCGACGAUUCGAACGAUCUCGUGCGCAAGGCUGCGUGUGCCACGUACGUGACGUUUCUCCGAGCGGCCCCACGCAGCCAUUUUCGCGGCACCAUCAUUGACUACACGAUGGACGCGCUGUUUGUGCACUUGGACGAUCCUGACUCUGACGUGCAGGCGGCAGUGUUCGAGGUACUCAAGGAAACAUUUGCGGUAGACCCAGAGUUGCUCGGGAAAAAGGCACGAGACCACCGAUCGCGCCACCGAUCGCCGUACUACUGCGAUAAACUCUUGGAGCUUUAGGCAUCGCCGCUUGUGUUGUUAAUACAGCAGAUCUAGACAAUCGAAUUGCCAUACCGCCUC